AUGGACGUCACGCCCGACACGCCCGACACGGCCACGCUCCAUGACGAUGUGGAGAAGAAGGGGCUGAGCGAGCUGGAGCGGACCGACGAGGCGCUGCUGAAGCGCGAAGGAGAUCACGGGAUCAAGCGCGACCUUCCGCCGCGCGUCGUGUCCAUGAUCGCCAUUGCUGGGACUAUUGGAACCGGCCUGUUCUUGAGCUCGGGGUCGGCGUUGACUUCGGGUGGGCCCGUCGGCGCGUUCCUCGGAUACACGGUCAUGGGGAUCAUGGUCGGUUGCAUGAUGUACUGUCUCGGCGAGAUGAUGUGCUUCAAGCCCAAUGUAGGCGCGUACAUUGAGAUGGGCGCGACGUACGUCGACCCCGCCGUCGCAUUCUGUAUGAGUUGGGCGUGCAUGAUGCAGAGCUGCGUCUGUAUCCCCGCCGAGAUUAGUGCGAUUGGCCUCCUGGCAGGUUAUUGGGACAAGAACACGGACCACCUGGCGGGAUAUAUUGCCGCGGGCGUCGUCGCUGUCGCGCUCAUCACUGUCAUCCCCGUGCGCUGGUAUGGCGAGGUCGAGUUCUUCUUCGCCGCCGUAAAGGUCACGGCACUCAUCGGCCUGAUCAUCUUUGGAAUCGUGGUCAACACCGGUGGCGUUCCCGGCUCAUCCUACAUCGGCGGCCGGUACUGGGUCCACGAGCCCUUCAACGACACCUUCCUGGACCUAAAGCCCGUCUCCAAGGCCCGUUUUCUUGGUUUCUGGCAAGUCAUGACGGCGGCAGGCUACUCUUUCAGCGGGAUGGAGAGUCUGGCCGUGGUCGCAGGAGAAGCUGCCAACCCACGACACACGAUGCGCGUGGCCGUACGUACGGUAUUCUACCGCGUCGUCGGCCUUUACUGCCUGUCCAUCCUCAUUCUUGGUCUCUCGGUAUCGCAACACUCGCCCGAUUUGUUGGAUGCCGUCAAUGCGGGGGGCGAGACGGCCGCGUCAUCCCCCUUUGUGGUACUCUGUCGCCAGGUCAACGUCAAGGUCCUGCCCGACAUUAUCAAUGCGGUGGUCCUCACUAGCGCGUUUAGCAGUGCUAAUGAGAACGCGUACGCCGUCGCGCGCUUCACCAUGGCAAUGGCUAGGCAGGGAUGGCUCCCCAAGAGUAUUUUCCUGUACACUUACAACGGUGUUCCAAUUGCUGGAGCCCUCUUCGCUAGUGCGAUGGGGUGCCUCGCAUUCAUGAGCUGUAGCGAAGGAAGUAACCAGGUCUUUGUGUGGUUUUCAAAUCUCGACGCCCUGUCAGCCAUGGUCCUCUGGAUCCUCAUCUGCGCAACGUAUACCCGCUUCCACCGCGCCUUGAAGGUACAGGGCAUCGACCGCCGUAACCUCUCCUUCAGGUCUUGGGGACAGCCCUACCUCGCCUACAUGUGUAUCGUCUUCUUCUCCCUUGUCGUCCUGUUCAACGGGUUUAGCUCGUUCGUCAACGGCUUCAAGGUUAGCAACUUUAUCGCGUCGUACAUCACCCUGCCCAUCUUGUUUACCGCUUGGGCGGGGUUCAAGAUUGUUCGGCGGAGCAAAGUCGUGCCUCUAGAAAGUAUCGACCUUUCGGGCGGUCCGGCCAAGGCGCUCAUCGGCACGGCGUAUGACAAGUAG